AAUAAUACCUACAUAUAAACGUAUACAUAGACAAAUACGUAUAGCUGACUCUACCAAACAAGGCUUGUGAAGGGCUCUCCGCCACGUUUUGUUACCUUCUCUUCCUACUCUUACCCACCACCCAAACACCCCUCCAUAUUUUGGAAGCCACGCAAAAAUUUCAAAAAAAAUAAAAAAUUCUAGGGUUUCUGCUUUCCCUUCUCCGAAACCCUAUUCCUCUCCAGGAAUUCAGUUUCUCUCACUGCAUCCACUUCCACAAUGUCGAGCUUGGAAGAGCCACUAGGUCUGGACAAAUUGCCAAGCCUGAGCACCAUUGAUCAGUUUAGUAGGUUUUCAUCUAGUGCUUGCAGGUCCAGAGGAGAUGACAUGGGAAUGGGAAAUUGCUGGAUUGAAGGGAGAAACUGCAGCUCAUCCAACAGCUGUGAUGAAGACUUUGAAGAGUAUGCAAGAGAAUCAUUCGCAUGGAGAAGACGAAAGAGUUGUGACAUAUCCAAUCGAAGGACUUCAAGCCUAGGCAGGAAUCAUGUGGUGUAUGGAACUCUGUGUGAUUCACGGUAUUUUCCUGACCAUCCGUAUAGCUCCUACUGCAGUGACAAUGGCAUGAGGGACAUAACAAACAAGCAAUUUUUUAAAGGUAUACCAAAGUAUGUGAAGAUAGUCGAAGUUGGUCCAAGGGAUGGGUUACAAAAUGAGAAGAAUGUUGUACCUACGUCUGUGAAGGUAGAACUGAUACGUAGGCUAGUUUCUUCUGGAUUGUCAGUUGUUGAGGCCACAAGUUUUGUCUCGCCAAAAUGGGUACCUCAACUUGCGGAUGCGAAGGAUGUAAUGGAAGCAGUUAGAAAUGUGGAGGGUGCAAGAUUGCCUGUUUUGACACCUAAUUUAAAAGGUUUUGAAGCAGCUGUUGCAGCUGGGGCAAAGGAAGUAGCUAUCUUUGCAUCAGCUUCUGAAUCGUUUUCAAAGUCGAACAUUAAUUGUAGCAUUGAGGAGAGUCUUGCUCGUUAUCGCGCAGUUGCUCAGGCUGCUAAAAAGCUAUCAAUUCCUGUUCGGGGGUAUGUCUCAUGCGUGGUUGGGUGCCCAGUGGAAGGAGCUAUUUCUCCUUCAAAAGUGGCACACGUGGCAAAAGAACUUCACGAUAUGGGCUGCUUUGAAAUCUCCCUUGGUGAUACCAUAGGAGUUGGAACACCUGGUAAUGUUCUUCCAUUGCUCGAAGCUGUAAUGGCUGUCGUUCCUGUUGAGAAGCUUGCAGUCCACUUCCAUGAUACUUAUGGCCAGUCCCUUCCCAAUAUUUUAGUGUCCCUCCAAAUGGGGAUUAGCACAGUCGACUCCUCUAUUGCGGGCCUAGGAGGGUGUCCAUAUGCCAAGGGAGCUUCAGGGAAUGUUGCAACAGAGGAUGUUGUGUACAUGCUUCAUGGGCUUGGUGUGAAAACCAAUGUUGAUAUAUGGAAGCUCUUACAGGCUGGGGAGUUCAUUAGCAAGUAUCUGGGCCGCCCAUCAGGUUCCAAGACUGCCAUUGCCUUGAGCCGAGUUUCAACAACUGAUGCCUCUAAGAUAUAAAAAUUGCACUUAUAUACUCUUAUAUAUCAAUUGGACCAAUAAUCAUGGAAAAAGGGAAAUAUUUAAUUCUUGUAUGAUUAUCUGUACGCAGCUUCAUAUAUAUAGAAAUAUAAGAACUGUGACCUGCUGUUCCAGUAAUAAUAAUUGUUGUGGAAACUAAAUAUUCUUUGUGUUUAGAUCUCAGUCCUUUUUGAGGGAAAGCUGAUACAUGAAGUUGAAAAGGAAAAUAUAUUGUGUUUAAGUACAUAGAUUAUAGAAGAAUAUGAUGUUGAAUUGGGUUGAGUUUAGGUGGACAAUCAGUGGAAGAGAAGAAUGAAAAUGCCAUAAAAUUGA